UGAAGGUCUCUCUCCGCUUUCCCCAAAUCGAGAGAAAUGGGCAUUUCAUUCAGCACCACCACCACCGCCACCGCCACCACCGCGCGGCGGAGAGCCCCCACCCACCCCUACCACCACCCCCACCCGGCCGACUACUACCCGGCUUACCCCCAUGCUUACCCUGCCGCCUCUCCCCCAGUCUACUACCCCUACUACGAGUCCAACGGCUACGCCGUGUGCGACCACGCCGCCAUGGGCCAGCCCUAUUUCGGCCCCUUUGAGCUGCAGCCACCGCCGCUUGUUGCGGGGGAGCGCGAGGAGAAGCCCACCAAGGUUGUGAACAGCGAUGUCAAUGUGCAUAAGGACACCUUGAGGCUGGAGAGUGAUGAGCUCAACCCGGAUCGCUCCUUGGUUUGUUUCGUGUUUGAUGCUUUGCUUGAUGGAAGCAUCACGAUAUAUUACUUCGCCAAAGAAGAAGCCAACCGCAGAGUUGUCCCCUUAUUUCCAGAUGCAUAUGUUCCCAUCAAAAUUCCUUUCAGGAAAGGACUUCACCAGGAAUUUCGUCAGCCUUCAGGAACUGGCAUCGACUUACAUUAUUUUGCAAUGGAUGAUUUGUCACAUCCGUCGUCCAGACAUGAUGUUUUUCCAAUUGUAAUAUCGGCUGAUACUUGUGUAACUCCUUACAUAGUUGAGGAUAGAAGCUACCAUUAUGCACAUACGUCGCCUCAGAUGCAGGUAACUCAGGUGGUUCUGCCCAAAAAUAACGAGGGACAAUUUUUUCCCAAAGCUGUCAGGCAGUUGCUCUGGACAGAUGAUGAUUGCUAUGAAUUGAGAGAGAUAUAUGGGCUAGGAAAAUCUGGCCCAGGUUUCAGUGAUAGUGGAUCGGGAAAAGAAUGUGUUGUCUGCAUGACUGAACCGAAGGAUAUCGCAUUGCUUCCUUGCAGACAUAUGUGUAUGUGCAGCAACUGUGCGAAGGCACUGAGACUUCAGUCGAACAAAUGCCCCAUCUGCAGAGAAAACAUUGAAGCAGUCAUUGAAAUCAGGAUCGAUAAUUUGGAUCACUGAGAGGCCGUAAUUACAAGAUAAUGCGUUCCAACGACCAAGCCAUUCUAUGUUUGGUAUAUUUUAAGUUUUUGUGCAACUGUCAAUAUCCAUCCAUGGUCCAUUUUUCUUCUCUGCACUCUUAUCCAGGAUUAUUUAUAUUCUAUACAUAUCGGAAAUCUCUUCAACAGAGACGUGCUGUCUUGUUUGUUAAAUAUCAAUAUAUGUACACUCAAUAGUCAUUCAUAUAGUUUGCCUUAUACUACUUUUUUGUUAUCUUCUUAAA